GAGCAUUAUCCAUCCAAAACUCCAAAGGGAACGGCAACGAACGCUCGCUCGCCGGAGCUUCACCCGCGCCGCCGCUUCUUCUCAGGGGGCCAGUAGUGUCCACGCGAUGGCCGCGUGCGCCUCUCGCUGCCUCUUCCUCUUUCCCCUCCUGGCCCCGAAGUUCCCGCUGCCUCAUCCUCCACUCAGGCGGCGGCGCGGGGGCGGGGGCGGGGCCUGCAUUGAUGCUGCCCGCUGCAGCACCGAGGGCAGCGGUGGGUGGGGAGGCAUUGUCGAGGACGACCUUGCUGAGCUCCUGCAGAUUCUACCAAGAGAUUUACGAGAUAGUCUGCAGAAUGAACCUAGAAAGGACCAGCUGUUGGAGGUCGUUCUGGAUUUGGGGAGACGACCAGAGGCACGUUUCCUUGGUGACUCUGGUGGCCAAUACCUAAGGGACCGUGAGAUCUCACAGCAAGAGCUGGAGGCAGCACAGCAAGCUGUAGGUGAGUUUGGAGGUGACAACCGUGCAGGAAUUGAAGGUACUUUACAUAGAAUAUCUGCUAUAAGGAGCAGAAAAGGAAUGGUUGUUGGUUUGACCUGUCGAGUUGGCCGAGCUGUUACUGGACAUGUUGAUAUGGUCCGUGAUCUCCUAAAUUACAAAGAAAGCAUUCUGUUUUUGGGAAGGCCUGGAGUAGGCAAGACAACUGUUAUGCGUGAGAUUGCACGUGUUCUAGCAGAUGAAUUUCAGAAAAGAGUGGUAAUUGUGGACACAAGUAAUGAGAUUGGUGGGGAUGGGGAUAUUCCUCAUGCUGCUAUUGGUGGCGCAAGAAGAAUGCAAGUUCCUGAACCAUCAAUGCAGCAUAGAGUGAUGAUUGAAGCAGUUGAAAACCAUAUGCCCGAGGUGGUUAUUGUAGAUGAGAUUGGAACUGAAGCAGAAGCACAAGCUUGCCGCUCAAUUGCAGAAAGGGGUGUGAUGCUUAUUGGUACUGCCCAUGGAGAACGGCUUGCGAAUAUCAUUAAGAAUCCGACCUUAUCUGACUUGAUUGGAGGUGUAGAAACUGUUACUCUUGGUGAUGAUGAGGCUCGUGCUCGACGCAGUCAGAAAAGUAUUCUAGAGAGGAAGGCCCCUCCAACAUUCCCAUUCCUUAUUGAGAUGAGGGAACGACAUUACUGGGUAACUCAUCGGACAGAAAGGAGUGUGGAUAUGCUACUUCAUGGAAAGAAGCCACUGGUUGAGGUAAGGAAAAGGGAUAACGAAUUUCAAGUUGUUAUUGAAAGAUGGGCAACGUAUGAUGGAGAUGGGCUCUGAACUCCAAAUUCACAAUUUAUAAUUGCUUCUAUCAAACCGCGUGCUACCAUCUAUACCGAGCCUCUUUUUCUGAGGUGGUAUGGGCUGAUCCUAAUCCCAAAAGUUUCCAAUGGUCUUGGUAUUCUGGUAAAGUUACUGAUACUACACAUUUAGAUGGUGAAUUAAAAAAAAAGAAGCAUCUUUGGUGAACUACAUGGUAAACAUUUUGACUGAUACCUAUGCCAGGCUUGUUGUUACAUAUUAAUACACUGCAGAUAACUUCAUACUAAUUAGGUAGAAGGUACUACUUGUGUCUGUAUCAGGUAUUUUAGCACUCUGGAAAAUUGCUGUACCAAUUUGAAUGUAUAUUUCAAUCUAUGUAUUUUCCUCUCAAAAAACAAAUCCGUGUAUGUCAGUACAUCUAAAGCGUAUGAUGUGUACUACGCAUCAUUUUAGUUAUUACUAACAAACUCAUUCUCAUUUUCUACA